GGUACUGUUCGCUCCGGCUCGUAACGCGCAAUACCUAACGUACCUGAGUUACCGCCAACAUCAACGGGCGUUGCCUUGGUAAGGUAGGUACUACCAGUCAGUGAGGCGGGCGAGUCCAUCACUGCAACCGCAAACUCUCAUCGACGCCGCCCCGACUCGCACGUCAAAACGGUAGACCACGCCGCCAAACCGCAUUGACCGCAAAUUUUACCUCUGUACACGGGCGCGCAUGCAGGCAUGGUGGCCGCUGGCAGCUGAGUGAGAGGUGAUGCCAAACAGAGGCACCAAGGCCCCUUCGGGGCCGUGGGGGAGGCUCAAGCCCGUCGAGCAGGAUCCCCUCGAGAGCAUUGGUCUGCCCUCCAAGGGAGACACGCGGCUCCUCGACUUCAAGACGCAGGAAAGGUAUUACACCAAGAUCGUGGAGCGGUACAUGACAUUCUGCUCCGAUGCGGGCCAACGCGACGAGCUUCUUCGCCGGUUCUCCUCUCUAGCCAUUGGUGAGUCCGCGGCAUCACGGGCGGUGCCGACGAGCGCGUCGGUGGAAGCCCUCGAGAACCCGGCAAACACCAAAGCUCUGUCGGAUGUCAUGGCGGCGCUACGCAAGCUUCGCGAGGGCAUCGUGGCCUCGAAGCGGGGCGACGACUUCGCCGUCCAGGCGUACCUCUUUUGCAUCCGCCUGUCAGUCCUCGCAAAGCAACCCGAGUCUUACCACCCGGCCAUCUUGCACCUUCUGCGCGCCCUUCACCCACAGCAGCCCCUCACGUCGGUGGAGCUGUACGAGGUCGUCGGCUAUCUGGUUCUCGACACGGCCUGUCGGCGGCGACAGCUGACCGAGGCAUUCGCGCUGCGACAGCGGUACAACCUGCGGGACGCCAAAGUCUGCGCCGCGCUGGCCGCGCUGGUGCACGACAACUCGCUCCUCUUCUUCCGGGUCAAACGAGCCGUGGACGGGCACAAGGCGCGCGUCAUGGAGUGGGCCGAGGCCGAUGUACGGAUGCACGCGCUCAAGAGCAUUGGCAAGACGUACCUGUCCGUCGACAUGGAGUUUCUCGAGCGCAUGACGGGCUCAACUUGGCACGAUCUCAAGGCAAACGAUGGCGUUGGCUGGGAGCGCGAGCAGGAGAGGGUGGUGAUACGCAGGCCCAAGGCCCGCUGAGGCGAACAAACCGCGCGCGGAGCAGCGCAGCUUCAUCCUUCGAUACGACUGUUUCAAUUUUACGGCAGGCCUCAAGAUGUUGUGCUCUCGCACGCGUGCCACCCAGCCCUGUGCGGCCAGUUGCCGGAGAAACUCGACCUUGAAUGGACCCAAGUGCGGACAGCUGCCAGCGUCCUACACCCAGCGCUACUCGCUUUUUACAUGGCCAUGCCCUCUCCGCUCACACCUGCGCAGCACUUGUUCCUCCCCGGGGUUCUAUCUUCUUCCCAACUUUGGCAACAGCAAGCAACUUGACGCGUUCUUCUCACCAUCACCACCUCAUCAUUCUCCUCCACUUCUUGUUCACCCGCCACCUUCACCACCACCCCGCCGACGCUUUCACUACGCCCUUCUGUCUGUGCCGAGAGAAAGCGAGCUUUGGCAGGACUGGCCAAGAGCACGACCUCCACUGCCCUGCCCUUCCGCAGCUCUCCCAGGCCCUCCUUAUCCGUCUCAAUUGCACGACGGUCGAGACUCCAGCACCGAUGCCUGUCCAACGUAAGAAGCCCAAGGCUAACGCGGAGCCACGAACGCCUUCAGUUCUUCUCGCAGACUAUCGCACCUGCUGGCUCGUCAAGUACGUUGUUAAUGUUAUCUUUUUUUCUUCAUUUGCUCAGUCAUGUUUCCUUAUCGCUACCCGUCAUUCCCAAACGACGCUUCCUGCUUCUCGGGGACUCCAAAGGAGCGUGGCCUUUAUGCUCAAAGUUCCAGCGCCAGGGCAC